AUGGCCCUGCACACCCCUAUGGGGACCAUAGCCCCCGACACCGCACCUACUGAUGGGGACCCCUCCCCCACACACCCCUAUGGGGGGGCGGCAGCGCCGCGGCGGACCCCCAAACCGGGCAAGGAGCUCCUCAACCAGACGCUGGCGGGCCCGGGAGCUGCCGCCCCCACGGCGCUGCCCGGGCGCGGCAAGGGGGCGGGUGGCGGCAGGACGCCCUCCGGCGGCGGGGGAGGCGGCGGGGGCACGGCCCCGGCCCACGAAACCUGCUGGGGGUACUACGACGUGAGCGGGCAGUGGGACAAGGAGUUCGAGUGCAACAACAGCCUGACGGGCUUCCGCUACUGCUGCGGCACCUGCUUCUACCGCUUCUGCUGCAACAAGCGCGCCGAGAAGCUCAACCAGAGCCUGUGCCGUAACUACAAAAGCCCCGAGUGGGCCCACCCCACCACCGCCAGCGGCGCGCUGCCCGCCGACGGCAGCAACGGCGCCGACGGGGACGCCAACAAGUACGACCCGGACAAGGACAGCACCAACGCCACCGUCUACAUCUCGUGCGGGGCCAUUGCCUUCGUGCUCAUCGCCGGCGUCUUCGCUAAGGUGGCCUACGACAAGGCGCGGCGCCCGCCCCGGGAGAUGAAUAUACACAGGGCUCUGGCUGACAUCUUAAGGCAGCAGGGACCAAUCCCAAUAGCACACUGUGAAAGAGAGACUAUCUCGGCCAUAGAUACCUCCCCUAAAGAAAACACCCCAGUCAGGACAUCGUCCAAAAACCAUUACACCCCUGUGCGCACCUCCAAAAGCAACCCAGGUCACUAUGGAAAGGAUAUUUAUCGAAGUGGAGGGCCAGAUCUUCAUAAUUUCAUCUCCUCCGGGUUUGUCACAUUAGGAAGAGGACACACGAAGGAUGACCAAGAACAAAAUUAUAAUCACCUGAUACUAAACAGUGCCACCCAGACACCUACACAUGACAAGCCGCGAAUGAACAACAUCCUCACUUCUGCCACCGAACCCUACGAUCUGUCCUUCUCCCGGUCCUUCCAGAACCUCUCUCACCUCCCACCAUCCUACGAGUCUGCUGUCAAGACAAACCCAAGUAAAUAUUCUUCUCUGAAGAGACUAACUGACAAAGAGGCUGAUGAAUACUACAUGAGGAGGAGACACCUGCCCGACCUGGCAGCCCGGGGCACACUCCCUAUCAACGUCAUCAAAAUGUCUCAACAGACCAACCACAGGGACAGGCCUCGCCGUCCCAUCAGGGCCAUGUCCCAGGACAGAGUGCUGUCUCCUGAGAGGAUCAUGCCCGAGGAGUUUAGCAUGUCCUAUGAACGGAUCCUCUCAGACGAGCAGCUUCUGUCCGCAGAGCGCCUCCACUCCCAAGACCCCCUGCUCUCCCCAGAGCGGUCGGGGUACCCCGAGCAGUCUAUGUCGCGGGCAUUGUCACACACAGACGUCUUUGUAUCAACACCCGUCUUGGAUCGCUACAGGAUGACAAAAAUGCACUCCCAUCCUAGUGCCUCAAAUAACUUGUACAAUACCUUAGGUAUGAACCCAACCUCUGCCAAGCGCCAGGCGUUCGCCUCCCGACGAACGCACACGGUAGAACAACUGCAUUAUAUUCCAGGACACCACCACCACUACCGCACAGCGAGCAAAACAGAGGUGACUGUUUGAUAUGACCUCGUGCAUUGUAGAUACUCAUUAAGGACUUGGGUGGCCACAGCACCCCAUACUGCAGUGGCCUUAUAGGCCAAGAUAACCUCUAAUAACUCAGUGUCUGAAAAGACUUCUCUGACAGUCCCAUCCACGUUGUUGUUUUUAAAGCCACCCCUUCAUUGGUGACGUAAGAAGAACCCAAGCAAGCAAAACAGAUGACAGUGAGGGAUAAUAGAGGAAAUUUCCUGACAUGUAUCAGUUUCUGUCAAAGAAAGCCAUAGUAGUAGAUGGCUCCUUCCAAGGGCUCACCUUCAUCAUCUCAUUGUUUUUAUGAAUUCAGGACUUUUCAGUUGCAACAAGCAGAAGCAGUCUCAAGCAGCCCAAGACAGGGAGGAGGAAAUGCAGCACCCCAUCCUGGUAGGAAGGGGUCCCGUGCUCACUCCUCAUGCCAACCCUCACGUUUGGCCUUUCUGUGGCAAGUACGUAAGCUUCUGGCUGCUGGGGAUCACCUCCAGACUGCUCAAGAUCAGCCAGCACCUAUACAUCUGUUCUUCCUCACCCUUGGAGCAAAUUCAAGGGCAGACUUUCCUAGGGGACUGCCAGAUCUAGGGGCAAGAAUAGCGUGGCUGAGAAAUAAAAUUUUAGUUUAUAUUAAAUAUACUCAUAAGAUAAAAAUAUACUAGUGCCUACAAAUCGCCUGCUCUCUCAGUGUAGGAAGUAGUGGGGUUGAUGUGUUCAAUAAGCACAAAUAUGCUGAAAUGCUUGUUAGACCCUUUUCUCCACUCAUGCUAGUAUCCUGGUGUCUCCAGCAUGUAAAUAGGAAGGAGGAAUAGGAUUUCUCUUCCUCCAGCUUCUUCCCACUGCUGAACCUAAAGCACCAGAACCCGUUCAGCUUUGCACUGCUGAGCUGUGCUGGGGGAAGUCCUGUCUCCGCUGAGACCCCUGCAAGGCAAGGCUACCACACAUUUCAUCGAGCCUGGAUUUCUCUCCAGAAGUUUAUUUUCCUGAGAGCACUUUCCACUGGCCCACUUCCCAUGUUUCUGAACAUAUUUUCUCCUCUCAGUUACAACCUCAACCUCCGUAUGUAGCAAAUCUUUUUCUAGCCCUUACCAGAAGCACAAAGCUGAGGGUGUCUGUCUACCGAAAAGCAGGUCGGUAACUUUCCAUGAUCUUCUCUCCAUGUAAUGGCCCCCCCCAAAAACCUUCCAAAUUCCAAUUCCACUGAGUACCAAUCCUAACCAUGAAGACAGUUACAUUUCAUGCAUAUAAAAUAUAUAUCCAGCGUAAUUAUAAUAAAUGGGCAUGUUGUAUAUCUGAUAUAAUGCUAAUUAGAUACUGUAUAUUUGUAAAAAUCUUUAAAAUGUAGACUCGUGGGUUCAGAAUUUGUGAGGGUUUUACCUUUGGCUUUCUAGCCAGAUUGGGCUUUGCUUUGAUUUUUUGUUGAUUUUGGUUCUGUUUUUGUUUUUGCCUUGUAUUUGUAUUCCUCUCAAAUUCUGUAGAACUAACUCACACUAGAACAUACUUCUGUGGCCAGCAGAAGGUCUCAGAGGUUUUGAAGGCCAACCAGACGCAAUGCUAGACACUCUCCAGUGCCCAUGGUGUGCACUCAAAGCCCCCACCACAUACCCACACCCAUGGUCCCAGUCCAAACAGUGGGCAUGUUCCCUCUUCUGGGUGAAACGAUGACUGACUUCGGGCUGUAAACUUAUUCCCAUACAGUACUGCUCUCUUCAUGUCCUGCAUUCCCACACUGAGUCUUUUCCUACACGGCUUUUCACGAAACUUUAUUUGAAUUAGCUCUGCCCCUUCUCCCUCCCCUCAAAUACCUCCCACCUCCUGGCCUUAAUGAUGUUCCCAGCUGAAGAUGUUGGUCCUGUAGCAUACUAUGAUUGUCGGUUGCUGUGAGCGUGAGUCUUGUUUGGAGGCUUAUGAUGCAGCACCAGGUUUGCCUGGUGCAGGAUAGGCAGGAGGAGCAUGCUGUUUUCCCCCACGGGAUUUAGAGGUAGGGCCUCAGUGGGGUGGCCAUGUGGUCUUUCCCAGACUCUCCUGGGACUGCUGGAGCUAGUUGAUGAGCUUUCUUCUGCCUCAUCUGAUGGAGACAUGUUCAGAAAGGACUCCACCCAUGAGAAGAACUGGGGCUUUGUUUGACGGAAACUGAGCUGAGAAGGAAUAAGUAAGAGUCUCCCUGGUUCAAGUAGUUGUUACCAUGCAGCCUUGGGCAAAACCAUUCCAGGCAACAACCAGAAUUAUCGAUGGAUCAGGGUGGCAGUUCAUGGCAUGGGGCAGAUGAGAGAGAAAAGGCUCACACCUCAUCUCCUGACCCCUUCCCUUGAUGGACACUUCUCUCCCCUGACUACCUCCAAGCUCCUCAGCUCAGUCACUGGAUAUUCCUUCACAGAAGGCAAUCCCUGCAAAAUAUGUUGCCCGUGCUGACUUUCCCGCAUACUGAAGUUUGUGACUCUUGUGAAGAGCAGAGAAAUGCACAUGGCUGAUGGGCAGGCAGUCCCUGCUGAGGUUCUGGGGCUCUUCCAUUCUCACUUGGCCCAAGCAAAGCCAGGAUCUUCCCCUCUGCAAGCAGGGAGAUGUGAACACUGUGGAAGAGGAGAGCCCACCCUAGAGUCUCCAGGAGUUGAGGUGGCAGAGUGGAGGAGCAGAGGUGACCAUGUGAGGCCACGGGUAGGUGAACACUCCUCUUUUUCUGUUUCCAUAGCUGUAUGUCUCAACCUUUAGUCUUCAUCUAAAUGUUCCAUUUGUGAACCAAGGAACUGCUGGACCAGAUGCAAAUAUGGAAAUUUUUUACUCAAGUAGCCCGCGCAGAUGCUGUGCUCUGUUCUAGGCCAUGUGACCUCAGAGCCUGCUCUUGUUCUGACUGACAAAUGUCACAGGCCCUCUGCUAACUUGUUCUACCUGGGCAAUAAUCCUCCAAAGAAAUCUUAGCCCCAUUUCCUCAUCUUUUCCACUCACUCAACUGUUUCAAGCAGAUGUGUCCCUCAAGAACCAUCAAAAAGCCUUUCUAGGCCAAAACUCUUCAGGGACUGAAACCAACACCAACCACCAACACUGAAAAUUUUCAGCAAAUUUCUUUGGGAGGGCACCAUGCCCUGGAUGACCACAAUUUGUUCCUGGGCACCCUGUGUUCUCAUGGCUUGCUUUGUGUGCUGGAAAGGGCUGUAGCUAAAGCAGUGGCAUUUCAGCAUGCACAGGUGUUCUUAUGUCAUUUUCUCCCUUAUUCCUCAUCCUGAGUGUCUGUCACUGAAAGGACACUUGGUCCAGGACUGGGUGUCACAAUCCACAGCCUGGUCCCUAGCAUUCUGGUUCCCUGUGGUCAACAUGUGAUGAUAAUGAUAUCACUUUCCUAUUCUGCAGAGGCAUUAUGAGGGUUCGUACCAUAAUGUCUAUGAAGUGCUUUGAGACUCUCUCACAACAGACACUGUGGAACAGCAAAACAUUUUUAUUAAUAAUUGUUCGUCACCGCUGUCCUGCCACAUCGCGUCCGAUGUGUUGCAAUCAGUGUCUGUCCAGAAGGAGAGUUCUGGGGUGGGGGAUGCAGUCCCCUGGGAUUCCCAUUGCUCUCCCUCUGGUCAGGGUCCCUCACAGGCCGCAGCUCUAAGGGAUGCUGCUGCCUGCUUUGACCUUUCUGCUUUCUUCUCCUUAUGUCUGAGUCACCACAUCAUUCUGCACUCAGGAGAAAAGCAGGAAGCAGUCACAUUCCUAUGUACAGUAAAAUGUAACCUGCCUUGAUAAUCUAACAUACUCUGAAGAAUUGAUCUGUCUUUUUCUCCAACCCACAGGUGGAAACACACAUCUGUGGAGCGUCCAGUUCCCAGAGUGCAUGUGCAGGGACUGGGGGAGGGUGAUGUAGAAAAGUUUAUAUUAUUUCCUACAAACUGAUAAUUAUUUGCAUUCCCCAAGCUGCAACACAUACUAAUAAGCUGCACUGGAUUUUAUACAACCCUCUCAUUAGUACAGAUAUAUGAUACAUGUAUGUAUAUAUAUAUACACACAAACACAUAUAUAUGCAUACAUACUGUAAAAUGCAAUCAUUAAGUUCUGUACCAAUCUAAGCUUCCAAACUGUAUUGAAUCACUCUUUGAAAUGUGGAAAACUAUUUUUAAUGAACCACACAGAUUACCACAUGGAACAGAAAUUUUGUCAUAAAAUUCUUCUAACCUGUGAAUCGUGUUUUAAGGAAAAAAAAUGAAAUAUUUUUCAAUGUUUUAAUGUUCCUUUUAUAAAUUAUGAUCUGUUACUUGGGGGU